UCUCCUCCACUUGCACUGUGACUGACGGUGGUCAUGUGAUGCUCUAAUACCCAGGGAUUUUCUGGCUUUUACCGGGCAUGCUCCGUAGCCUCCCUCCAACCAUCCCAGUGUGAGGAGAGAUUGCCUUUUAUUGUCCUGCAUUCAGUCGCCUGCUCAGCUCCCUUUACUGGAGGAUCUAUUGUUAAGCGGUGGUGACAUUUACAAUGGUUAGGACUGACGGAUGAAUGGUGCGCUCACACCAUCUUUCCACACUGCUCAUCAGAGGAUAAACACACGUUGGAAUACAUGUGUAAGAGAGAACAACAGGGAUGAGGCAACAUGAGUGGCGGGAUGGACUUUUUGCAGACUGGCCCAUUCCAGCCAAGUCCCAGCAUGUUGUAGGCGGCUGCCAGCCACAGGAAGACUAGAGUUAAGAAAGCAAUAAAGACGAGAAGAGAAGAAAACCAGUGAAGGGAUGGUGGAAGAAGUCAACAUGACCCCAGUGGACCAGCUGGACCUGCAGUGAGUCUGAUCCAGCUGGAAGAGCAUACAACAAUACACUCUCAUCUGCACAACUGUAAUUUGGAUAUGAAUGGAAAGGUGAAUACUACUGCUGAAAGGAUCACCCAUUCCAAAAGUGCCAAUAUGGUGUCAGACCUGUCUCCAGAUGCCCAGAAGCUCACCCCACGGAUGUCUCGAACUCCCAGAAAGGUGGCUAUGUUCGGCAAGCGCUCCAACUCGAUGCGCAGGAAUCCCAAAGCAGAGGUGACCAAAAAGGGAUGGCUGUACAAGCAGGCCAGCAGUGGUGUGAAACAGUGGAACAAGCGAUGGUUCGUCCUCACUGACAGAUGUCUGUUCUACUACAAAGAUGAGAAGGAGGACUCUGUGUUAGGGAGUUUGCCGCUGCUCAGUUUCCGGAUCAGGGGAGUGGAUCCCUCAGACAACAUCACCCGUAAAUUUGCCUUUAAGGUAUGGUCUGAGGAAAAGGAGGGCGAGGACAGUGAGGUGAAGGAUUCCAUUGUGUUUUGCAUGCAGGCGGAACACGCUGGGACCAGGACAUACUACUUCAGCACAGACAGCCAUGAGGAGCAGGAGGAGUGGAUCACAGCCAUGAGUGAGGCUGCAGAAGUCAGCGUUCCGUCUACACAAAGAACAAACUCGUCAGACACUACAGCUGAUCCCAACCCAACUAUGGUGACCAAGGCUCCAGACUCAGAACAGCAACCACAAACACAAAAACACAAUAAAACAGACAAUGACUUGACCAGCCAUCCUAAAACUAAUGGGGCCAACAGCGUAGAGACACCUUCACCUUCUACCCCGUCCUCUGAUCUACAGGGGAAAAAGAAUGACAGAAAACAAGGAGAAGAUAAAGAUGAAGGUGGAAGACAUGGUCCUGAUCCCGGCCCUCACUUAAAUCAUCAUCCAAACGGUUGGGGCAACCAUGGCCCUCUCAACAAUGUACCCCACAACAGCAAUAGCAAACAACCUCUGUCCAGGAGUCACAGCGGACAUCAUGCCACACAACGACAUCCAGAGGGGAGUGCUGGUCCAUUACAAGACUCCAGGGAGCAGAAGCAGGAGAACGUAGUGCUGAGGAGGGGCUUUGUGCCCAGGACAGCUCCAGAGAAAGUGGCCCAGAGGAAGAGCUCGAUGGCCCAGCUGCAGCAGUGGGUCAACCAACGGCGGGUCAUGGCCUCACAAGAGGACAUUAACAGCCCAUCUCGUUACUACACAGUGAACCAAGGUAUCCCAGCUGAUUACUACCCUGGUGGCCCCCAGUAUGUGGAUGAGUACCCUUUGUACCCACCGGGGGUCCGACCUGAAAGCAUCUGCUCUGUCUCUGCUGUGGGUGGAUACGACCGACGCUGGACUGUGGACGAGAAACGUCACUCACUGAGGGACGGACCCCAUCAGUUGUAUGGACCCCCAAUGUCCAGGGACUCAUGGGGGCCACAGUACUAUGGUGGAAUGGAAACAUCCAUGAGGCGCCUGUCCAUCCAGCCACGCUCCAGGUCUGUGCCGAGGUCACCUUCUUCAUCAUCAGGGGGGCCCUACUCACCUGUGCCAAGCAACUUUAUGUCGCCGGCUCGAUCACUCUCUGCCCGCUUUGAUCGGUUUCAAGGAAGGAUGAGGGAUGACGUGAUCUAUGCUGAUCCAUCCGUCUACAGCCUGAGGAGAUCUCUCAGCUCACCCAAGUAUGACUACCCUGGUGACAGGAGGUCCUUAAGCCAAGGAUUAUACCAUCAAAACUACCCUCUAUCCCCUUCCAUCCACAAUAAAAUGGAGGACAUAUUAGACCUUCAGCUCCAGCGCAACCUGGAUUACCUAGACCAACAGGUACUCGAGAGAAGCCGCCUAAAUAGCAUGGUUACCCGAAUGGUGAAGCGCUCAUCCUCAUCAGCAAAGCUCUGUGUACAAGUUCCUCCAUUUCAUGACGUCUACAGCAGAGAGUUACAUCCCACACUGAAACUGAAUGAGAUUGAAACCAGUAAACUCUUAGGUCGACUGUGUGAGCAGAAUCGAACUUUGAAAGACCACGAGGCUGUUGUCCACAGGCUGAGAAUGGACAAGGACAACCUCGAAGAAGCACUGGUGGCCACCCAUCAGGAGAUGGAGCUGUACCGUAUUCAGCCUAUUGCCAUGGAAAAGCUGCAGUUCAAAAAGGAAACCCUGCAGAACCAGCUCAUCAACAUCAGAGGGGAGCUGUCCCAAGCCUCCAGUGCUUUAACCACUACUCGUAUGGAGUUUGAAGCACUGGAAGAUGAGGCCCAUGCCAUCCAUGGUGAUCUAUGGGAGCAGCUUAAUGCAGGAGGACAGAGUGAACUUGUUCGUCGGCACAUCCAGAAAGAGUUUUGGAGAGUCCAGGAUGUUUUAGAGGGAUUGCACAAGAAUAACUCAUCCAGAGGUACAGACACAGCCAAGCACAGAGUUGCCAGCGGUGCAUCAGGCUCCUUUAGCACCAAUAGUCCAGCCAGUCCCCUGAGCUCAAUAAGCCUCACCAGUCCGCUCAGCCCCUUCUCCCCAGUGCCCGGCUCCCAGGCCUCCCCUACCAAACAGCUGGGCCCGGAGGAAAGUGUCCCCCCAAGGCCUCCCCUCCCAAAGGCCUAUUAUCCAUUGGAAUCCUCCCCCACCUGCCCUCCCUCCAUCCCCCCAUUGCCCUUUGACAGCACCGCCUGGCUACGCAGCUUGGGCCUCGAUGAUGGUUACCUUGAUGGUGAAGAAGCUCACAUCAGAAAGCCAAAGUUUGGGGACCAAUGCAAUGACAAGCAGGACCAGGUCCAGGACAGACAUUCCAGCACAAAUAAAGUUGGCAUUGUUCCUCCUAGAACCAAGGCCUCCACAGGGGAAGCACACAGCAGCCCUGCUGUUUCCCGACAUAAUGGUAGAGUGCCUAAUGGAAUCUCCAGGGAGCGUCCAAAGAGUGCUGUGUUUUCUGCAGAGGCAAAGUCAAAGAUGACUGUUGAGGAGCAGAACGAGCGAAUUCGCCGCAACCAGAGCAGCUCCAUGAGAGAGAAGAGGCGGAGUCUAAACCUCUCAGGCGGCCAGUCUCCAGCCAACUACAGAGUGGUUCGGCGGCGGCUGACAGCUCAUGAGAUUGACAUUAAAGACCUGGAAACAGCGGUUCGGGGACCGGGACUAGAGUCACCACGAGAAGAAAUUGCUCGCCUUCGACGGUUGCAAAUUGGACCAGAACACUACGAACUGGACAUCAGCAAAGAGCUCAUGGCUCCUGACAAGGUUGUGAUCCCAGAGCGCCACCUAGAGGUAGAGGAUAACACACCUCUGAGCCCUGAGGAGCAGAAGGAGAAGCAGAAGAAACUGGAGCGGAUCAAGACCCUCAUUGCCAAAUCAAAUUUGCAGAAUAUGGUUCCUCUUCUGGAUGGACCAGUGGAGGGUGGAGCUCCAGUCAGCUCCCAGCAGCAGUUGGAGGAGCAGGAAAAGCUGAUUGAGAUCUCCUGCACUUUGGCUGCUGAGGCCUCUCGUCGCAGCCGCAUUCUCUCUGCCCAGUGUGCCCCCAGUCCCCCCACAUCCCCGACCAGCCUGGCCCCUCCCCCUUCCUCUGCUGAUUUCCCCACCUCAGCCCACAUCAUGAAGGUGUAAGUCUGACAAGCUCAAGCCCUGGCUGCUGUCAUUUUUGAUGGAGCAUCUUUCUGAGGAUUUACUGUACAAAAUGAACAAUGGAGAUGACCACACACAAAUUACUUUUAUUUUUUUAGCACCUAUAAACUGAUACAACCAAGCAAGGAGAUCUGUCAAAGGAGGUUGUUUGGAGGAUAAAGCAAAUAUAAAUCCCAGAGUGAAGCUGUAAAGACGAUAACGCCCACUCUCUCAACAUCUGAUCCAUCCAACCCGAGGCAGCCUGCAUCGCUGUGUCUCCAGUGACACAAAGAAAGGCUGCAAUCCCUUACCAGCUUCAAGUUGUGUAAUAGUUCUACAUAUUUUAGCUCAGGACAUGUUUGACAAAGUAGAGAUUACUGAUGACUUCUGAUGAUGUGGUGUUUUACACUUAAAGUGGAAAAAUGUAAGUAAAGGACUGAUAUUUCAAGCCCUUCUACAGGUUGCAUGUGAAAGGUCCACGUUGAAGAUGAGAGGUGACAGAGUCUGGGAUGACAUCACAUUAAUGUCCUUAAGAGUCUCACAAAAUCUGGACACUAAAAGCCAAAAGAGACAUUAUUACUUCUAAUAAUCUUCUACACCACCAGUGGAUUGAAGCUGAGUGUGGCUCAGUACUUGACUGAGGAUACAGUAUAUACUGACACUUUCAAAAAUAAACAAAAGGCCUCUCAUCCUUUGUAGAAAAAAAAAUCCAAGGACUGUCCAUCUGAACUCACUGUGAUGCCUAUUUUCCCUACAACUCUCCUACGUUAAUCCCACCAUAUUCAGCUUCUCUGCGUUGCAACCGUUAGCAUUAGAUACAGUGCAUUUCAAUGGGCCAAACACAGUGUCGCCUGGAUCAUGUUUCUCUUCCAUGCAUUUCCUAUUGUUCACACCGAGCAAACAAAUUAAGCAGUUUGCUGAACUAAAGGUGAACGUUACAUAAACCACAUUCAAUCUUACGAUGCUGCUAGCUAUGUUUUACAUCAGAAUACCAUAUCAUAAUCAGUAUCAGGAUAACACAAAUAUUAAUUUUCUUAACAUUAAUCCUCUACCUCUCCAAUAUCUGCUGUCCUUCUUGAGAUUUUCUUUACUCAAGGACUGGUAAGAUCAGAGAGUGAAGUCUCUAAUAUACACACAAUGAAGCUUCCUGUACAUUGGCUGUUUGAGUUUGCACAUGCAUUUGGGUCCUAAUAACUGUUAUAUUUGAUGACCUUUACGAAGACUGACUUGAACUUAACCCACAACAGCUGUAGGAAGAUCAUAACAGUGUGCACAGUGAUGCUUGCUCUGUAAAAGUAAAACAAAAACAAAAAAAAAAUCUUGCUUGAGUCUGUGCUGAGUUGACUUCACUCUCUGAACAACGUACCAGUUACAUUGUUCAGGCUGAAACCCAGAUUUAUUUAUUUAUUUUUUCACUGAAAUUAGCUCAUUUUAACUCACACUAACACAAGCACACUUGCUGUGUUUCUGUUCAACCACAUGGUCUCCCUAAAUAUCACAACUAAAGCAUUAAAAUAAAAACACCAGCAGUGGAUUAGCAGUAACUAUACUGACUUCAGGAAAGAGCAGGGAGCAACACAGUCUCUGGCACCCUACCAUACAUCUUCUACCGCUCUCACAAUCACACCUACAGUCAAUGUAGUGUGUCCAAUUUACCUAGAAUC